AGCACGAAGAUAAGGAUUUAAAGCCUCGCCAUUCAUUUCCCUCCUUCCACUUCCCCACUUUAUCGAAAACAACCAUUCCCAGUUGCACCAUAAAGACUCCGUUUUUGCAAUUUCUUGUGUUUCUGAACUUCAGGGACCCAACUUUCUGUGAAAAUUUUUAUUGGCCCUUUGAAGCUUCCUAGGUAACACAAUAUGAACAGAUUUUGAUAUAUAUAUACUAAGUUCUACAAUUUAAGCCAACAUGAAUUCUGUAAUCCCAUGCUCCGUCGGCAAUGUUUCGCUAGUUCCUGGAAUUGCCUUUUCGACAAGGAAGAGUAAUUCUUCAACCAGGCUCAGUUUGCCGAGGAGUUCCGUAAAACAAGGAUCAUCAACUUGGAGAUAUCGCUUACCCUCAUUUGUUGCCAGUGGAGUAUUUUCACAUAACACAAGGAGAUGCAGUUUUCAUAAAAAAUCAAGAACUUCCAUAUCAGCGACGGAAACAGAUGUAGUAGUAGAGGAACCAGGUUCAACUGUGACGGAUGAAGUUUCUGAUGGAACUCCUCCUGAUGAAGUUGGAACAACUGAAGAUUCAUCUUCUAAGACUGAUGCCAAUCCUGCUUCAGCUAAAUCCAGACGUUCAAGACCCCCAAGGAAAAGUGAGAUGCCUCCGGUAAAGAAUGAGGAUUUAAUUCCCGGGGCAACUUUUACCGGGAAAGUAAAAUCUAUCCAGCCAUUUGGUGCCUUUGUUGAUUUUGGGGCUUUCACAGAUGGGCUUGUUCAUGUUUCUAUGUUAAGUGAUAGCUUCGUUAAGGAUGUUAAUAGUGUUGUUUCUUUAGGACAAGAAGUAAAGGUGAAGCUUGUUGAAGUGAACUCCGAAACUCAGCGUAUUUCUCUCUCUAUGCGUGAAAAUGCUGCCCCUAGUAAGCAACGUAAAGAUACACCAACUAAUACUACCAAUAAACCUGAACCUGGGAAGAGGAGCACUCCAAAACCAAGUCAGAAGAGAGAUGCUGCGAGGAAAAGCACAAAAUUCGUCAAAGGGCAGGAUUUGCAAGGUACAGUGAAGAAUUUGACAAGGAGUGGUGCUUUUAUAUCUCUUCCUGAAGGGGAGGAAGGAUUUCUACCCAUAUCGGAGGAAUUGGAUGAAAUUGGGAGUGCUAUGGGAACCACAUCACUGGAGGUUGGUCAAGAAGUCGAUGUACGUGUUUUGCGUACAAAUAGAGGACAAGUAACAUUGACUAUGAAGAAAGAGGAAGAUGUUAUAGAGUCAGACUCACUUAUUGGCCAAGGGGUUACACACACUGCAACAAAUCCUUUUGCUUUGGCCUUUCGUAAGAAUAAGGAUAUUGCUGCAUUUUUGGAUGAGAGGGACAAAAGUCAAAAUGAAGUUGAGGAACCAGAAACUAAAAGCAUUCCACAAGAAAUCGAGGGAGCUGUCGAGCAGGGGGAAACUCUGUCAGAUGUUUCUGAUGUGCAGGUUGAACCAGAAAGUGCAGGUAAGUUGACAGAAGAUGUUCCCGCUGCAGAAAAGCUUGCUGAAGAUGAUGUUUCUGAAAGUGAGAAAGACGUAGAAGCCAGUGCACAGGAUGGUUCCUCAACAGCUGUUGUGGAUGACGAAAGCAAUGUCUCAAUCCCAACUUCAGGUAUAGAUGUUACCACUGAGACGGAAACAGAGGUGGCUUCCGAAAGUUUGGCUAAUGCUGCAAAAAAGCUUGCUGAAGAUGAUGUUUCUGAAAGUGAGAAAGACGUAGAAGCCAGUGCACAGGCUGUUGUGGAUGACGAAAGCAAUGUCUCAAUCCCAACUUCAGGUAUAGAUGUUACCACUGAGACGGAAACAGAGGUGGCUUCCGAAAGUUUGGCUACUGCUGAGAAUCUAUCUAACACAAAUACAGUUAUCGAUGAAGCUAUCCAGGCAGAUGACACAGAAAGCAAUGUAAAAGAUGACUCGUCCGUUGACAUUGUUAAUGAGAACAUUGUAGAAAGUGGAGUUGAUCUUGCAGAAGAGGAAAAAGAGUCACAAAGUUCUAAUGAAAAGGAAGAAGUUGCUGCUUCAGCAUCAACCGUCAGUGAUGUAUCAAGUGCACCAGUUUUCCAAGAAAGUUCAGAUGGAACAGAAGAAAGUGAUCAAAUUCCUUCUCCUGAAAGUCCUGCCACUGAGGUUGUGGAAAACCUCAUUGAUGAACCUAAAGAAGAUGUGCAAGAGCAAAUCUCUGCCACAGAGAAUGGAACUGUUCCCGAGAACAAAGACGUUGAUACUGUUUUGAUUGGACAAAAUGGCGAGUUGUCUCCUGAGGACAGCUCGAAUACAGAUGGAACUGAAGAAAAAGAUCAAGUUCCCUCUCCUGAAAGUCCUGUCACUGAAGUUGUGAAGGCUUCCAUCGAUGCAGAAGUUGAAGAUAAAGAAGUUGCAAUCGCAUCUGAGCAAAGCAGCACCUUUUCUAAUUCUAAUGGACAAGAUGGCGCUAAUGCUUCAGAUCAAACCUCAACUAAAGCAACUAUAUCUCCGGCACUUGUAAAGCAACUUCGAGAAGAAACAGGAGCUGGAAUGAUGGACUGCAAAAAGGCUCUUUCCGAGACUGGAGGGGACAUUAUUAAAGCACAAGAGUAUCUUCGAAAGAAGGGGUUAUCAAGCGCAGAAAAGAAAGCAAGCAGAGUAACCGCCGAAGGAAGAAUAGGCUCUUACAUUCAUGACAGCCGAAUUGGUAUCUUGGUAGAGGUAAACUGUGAGACCGAUUUUGUCUCCCGAGGCGAAAUUUUCAAAGAGCUGGUUGAUGACAUAGCCAUGCAAGUAGCCGCGUGUCCUCAAGUUGAGUAUCUUGUCACCGAAGAUGUUCCUGAGGAAAUUGUGAACAAAGAAAAAGAGAUAGAAAUGCAGAAAGAUGAUCUCUUGUCAAGACCAGAGCAGAUAAGAUCGAAGAUUGUUGAAGGGCGUAUAAGAAAAAGACUUGAGGAGCUGUCAUUGCUUGAGCAGCCCUACAUUAAAAAUGAUAAACUUGUAGUAAAGGACUGGAUCAAGCAGACUAUUGCAACUAUUGGAGAAAACAUCAAAGUUAAGAGGUUUGUGAGGUUCAACCUCGGAGAGGGUUUGGAGAAGAAAAGCCAGGAUUUUGCUGCCGAAGUAGCUGCACAAACUGCGGCAAAAGAAGCUCCUACACCAGCCAAAGAGCAACCAGCUGCCGUGGAAGCCAAGGAGACUGAACAAAAGUAAGCAGUUUAUUACUUUUCACAAAUUAAAUUCAGGAAAGAAUCUACUUGAGUUGAACUUAAUGGUGCUAAAAAUUCUCUUGCCGAAACCGGAGGGGACCUUGAAAAGGCCCAAGAAUACCUCAGGAAGAAGGGUCUCUCAACAGCCGACAAGAAAUCCAGCAGGCUAGCAGCCGAAGGCAGAAUCAGUUCAUACAUUCACGACUCGCGCAUUGGGGUACUAGUUGAAGUGAACUGUGAAACUGACUUUGUUGGUAGAAGUGAGAAAUUCAAGGAGUUGGUUGAUGAUCUUGCGAUGCAAAUCGUGGCCUGCCCACAGGUGCAGUAUGUAUCCAUUGAAGAUAUUCCGGAGGAAAUUGUGAAAAAGGAAAAGGAGAUUGAGAUGCAGAGAGAGGACCUAGCUUCAAAACCAGAGAACAUCAGAGAGAAAAUCGUCGAGGGAAGGGUUACGAAGAGGCUUGGGGAGCUCGCGCUUCUGGAGCAGCCUUUUAUUAAGGAUGACAGUGUCUUGGUGAAGGACUUGGUGAAGCAAAGUGUAGCUUCCAUUGGAGAGAACAUUAAAGUAAGACGUUUUGUUAAGUUCACUCUUGGGGAGAGUGCUGAAAAUGAAACAAAACCAGAACCAGAGGCAUAGAAUGAAGAGAAGUGCCAUAAAGCAAUGUAGCAAUUUACAAUAGCAUGUGAAGCUUGGUUUGCAUCAGGGUGAAACAAAUUUUGAAGAGAGCAAAUUUGUUUAUUCAUAAUAACCAAAUGUGCAAUCGGCAUGGACACAAUUUUCUUUUUACUGAUCUGUAUCUACAUUGAGAUACACGAGGACCAUAUAUUUUGUUAAUUAUGAGUUUGUAAGCUGAAAAUAUGAACUAGUUGAUGCAUUUCUCAAUUUUGAAUCAUCAGUUUCAAUACUGUCUGAUAUUCAAUAGUUCAUAAUCCAUACUUGUAAUGUUAAUGACCAUUUUAUCAAGGUUUUGAAAAUUGAAUGGGUAGAA